CAUCCCGAAAUCGAAUCAUAGGCUACACGAGGAAGGGAGAGAGCAAGCACCGCCACCAUAUCAAAGAAGCUGUAGUGUGCGAGAGACGCCCUAUACCUGAUGCCUUUCCCCUUCCCUUUACCGUAUUUCUGUAACUUGUUCCGUAUGUGUGACCACUGGAUACGAGUUUUGUCGUCAUGCAUUACCACGUACAAGAAGACGCCCCCGCCGGUGCCGCCGCGCACCACCCCACCCAAACCUGUCAUCUCCAUCACGGCCCAAAGCAGCACCGAGUCGGCCCAGGACGCAUACAUGGACGAGGGGUCAGGCCUCCGGACCCAGAGCAGCACAUCCCGGCCCCACCUGUCCAACUCCACUGAGAGCAUCGACAGUAUGAAGGCCCUGACGGCAGCUAUCGAGGCAGCUAACGCCCAGGUCCACGGCCCGGCCAGCCAGCACGUCACCAACAGCACCAUCACCAUCACCGCCACCGCCACCACCACUGCCUCCAGCAACAGCAAGAGAGACGCGCUCCGGAAGUGCCUCUCCAUAGGGAUACAGGUGGAUGGACCAGAGGACGUUAGGGGGACAGAGGAGCACUCCAAGUUCCAGUCAGUGGGUAUCCAGGUGGAAGAGGAGAGCUGUUACCGCAGGAUGACCAGGUCCAACAGUGUGACCACAGCGGUCCAGGCUGACCUAGACGACCCUGACUACUAUCCCGUCGACGCUCCAGAGAUGGUGAUGCGCCACUCGGCCACCAUGCCCCGCCAGUACUCCCGGGACUCCGCCACCUCCACCGUCUCCAUCCAGGGCUCGGGCAACCACUACCACGCCCUGACUGUGGAGGAGUACGGCGAGGUGGGUGUCGACCCAUCCAUCCUGCCCCCACCCGACCCCUGGAUGGACCAGGUGGAGGGCCCAAUGGAGGUGGUGGGGGAGAGGGGGUCGUUGUGUCCCAGGGACGGGCGCUGGUACCUCAAGCUGCUGCAGGCCGAGAUGGAGCGCAUGGAGGGCUGGUGCAGACAGAUGAAGCAGGAAGAGAUGGAGAACGAGCUGCCGGACGAGAUCCUGGGGAAGAUCCGCAGUGCAGUAGGCAGCGCCCAGCUGCUCAUGUCUCAGAGGUUCCAGCAGUUUCGGGAGCUGUGUGAGGAAAACCUGAACCCCAAUGCCAACCCCAGGCCCAUCUCCCAGGAUCUGGCUGGUUUCUGGGACAUGCUGCAGCUGUCCAUCGAGAACAUCAGCCUAAAGUUUGAUGAGCUGCACCAACUCAAAGCUAACAACUGGAGACCCCUGGACCUCCCCGUGAUAAAGGAGAGACGGUUCGCCCCUCCAGUGCCAAAGAAGCCCCACAGGGGCCACCCUCCCCUGGCCAGGGACCGUUCUCUGGAGAGCUCCGAGAGACAGCGGCUGGAGGCUCGCAAACGCCUGCUGGCCGCCAAGCGGGCCCUCUCGGUCCGACAGAGCUCUGUCACCGAGAGCGCAGCAGACAGUAUUGAGAUCUACAUUCCCGAGGCCCAGACCAGACUAUGAGACACACACAGAUAGAGACAGAGACCCCCC